AGAAUCUACUUCCGGCAACAGCGAUGACGUGGUAGCUGCGUCACGCAGGCUGAAUGCGUUGUUAACCUACGCCGGUACUGGCUGAUGGAGCGAUGAUGCGGGGGAAAACCGUAAUCGUGACCGGGGCGAACAGCGGCAUCGGUAAGGCGACGGCGGCGGAGCUGCUGCGGAGGGAGGCGCGGGUGAUCAUGGCGUGCAGGAGCCGAGAGAGGGCCGAAAGCGCGGCGCAGGAGAUUCGCCAGCAGGCCGUGAGCGAGGCCGGGACCGGAGAGCUGCUGGUCAGACUGCUGGACCUGGCGAGCCUGAGCUCCGUGCGCAGCUUCUGCGAGCAAAUCAACAAGGAGGAGCCGAGACUGGAUGUGCUGAUCAACAACGCUGGGGUCUACCAGUGUCCGUACUCUAAAACCGAGGACGGCUUUGAGAUGCAGUUCGGCGUGAACCACCUCGGACACUUCCUCCUAACCCACCUGCUCCUGGACCUGCUGAAGCGCUCGGCACCCAGUCGCAUCGUUGUCGUCUCAUCCAAACUCUACAAACGAGGCGAGAUCAACUUCGACGACCUGAACAGCGAGCGCGGCUACAACGGGGCGUCGGCUUACAGCCGCAGCAAACUGGCCAACCUGCUGUUCACGCUGGAGCUCAGUCGACGCCUCGAGAACACGGGCGUGACUGUGAACGCUCUCACGCCCGGCAUCGUCAGAACCAACCUGGGACGCCACGUCCACAUCCCUCUCCUGGCUAAACCGCUCGUCAACCUGGCGUCAUGGGCGCUGUGCAAAUCGCCCGAGGAAGGAGCGAGGACUUCGGUUUAUCUCGCCUGCUCUUCGGACGUCGAAGGGGUUCAGGGGAAAUGUUUCGCUGACUGCCAGGAGCAGAAGCUGCUUCCUAAAGCCACGGAUGAGGGCAUGUCUAAAAAACUGUGGGACAUGAGCGAGGUGAUGGUAGGCCUCACGACCUAGAACAGGAAAACACUUAGACGGUCAGGUUUCACUUCACUGUAACCAAAUCCCAGUUAACCAUUAGGAAAUAACCUCAUUCAUUCAUUCUUCCUCACUGCAGGAAUCGGCAGAAAUGUGUAGCACAAAACUAAAUAUUUAAAAUGAGGUACAAAUUGCUUGAAAAGCUAAAAAAAAAAAAAAAAACUUUCUGAUGAAAGAGAAAUAAUUCAAUAUCUGAUGGAUUCAUUACAAUAACCAUUUAGCUGCAAAUUAAUGAGUAAAAUAAGUGUUUAAAUAGAAUGUAUACAAAUUAUCCAGUGCAUUUAAUUGAUUGAAAAACAGUUGCAACUUAAACAGGGUUGUUUUUUUUCCUGGAUAAAUUAAUGUGCACAUAUCUUUUCUGAAUCAAGGGAAAAAAUGUGCCUGACAAAAAAAAAAAAAAUGGCAUUUAAUAUUCAAAUAUUAAAUAUUAUUUCAAUUACACAGACUAACAUUAAAGCUUUUUUGUGUCAAUCUAAAUAUUCAAAUAUAAUUCAAAUAUUUCUGCAUUAACACAUGCAGAUGCAAAAAUUAGAGUAAAUCAGUGAUUCGAGUGAAGAAAUGAGUGAAUCAGUGAUCCGAAUGAAGAAAUAAGAGUGAAUCAGUGAUUCAAAUGAAGAAAUGAGAGUGAAUCAGUGAUUCAAAUGAAGAAAUGAGAGUGAAUCAGUGAUUCAAAUGAAGAAAUGAGAGUGAAUCAGUGAUUCAAAUGAAGAAAUGAGAGUGAAUCAGUGAUCCGAAUGAAGAAAUAAGAGUGAAUCAGUGAUUCAAAUGAAGAAAUGAGAGUGAAUCAGUAAACCAAAUGAAGAAAUGAGAGUGAAUCAGUGAUCCGAAUGAAGAAAUGAGAGUGAAUCAGUGAUCCGAAUGAAGAAAUGAGAGUGAAUCAGUGAUUCAAAUGAAGAAAUGAGAGUGAAUCAGUGAUUUAAAUGAAGAAAUGAGAGUGAAUCAGUGAUCCAAAGGAAGAAAUGAGAGUGAAACAGUAACACACAUAAAGAAAAGAGAGUGAAAGAAUGAUAAACAAAGAAAUGAAAGUGAAUUAGUGAUGCACAUGAAGAAACAAGAGAUUCGGUGAUACACAUGAAGAAAUGAGAGUGAAUCAGUGAGUGUGAUUACACAAAGCUGUAUUGUGUUUCUGGACAGUAAAUGUGAUGUGUUGAGAGAAAAUGGCAUUUCAUGAUUGUUUUAUUGCUUUGAGUUACGAGAGUAAAUAAACGUUGAUCAGGAA